AUGCAGAUUCACUGUGCAGUCAACCCAGCUACAUUCCAAGACAAAGAGCAGCCCUUCUCUGAAGUCAUGACUUCCACUGGCUUUGACCCUUACUUCCCCUCUACUUACAAGAGGAGAGUGGUGGUGCGCAGUGCAGGAUAUGGAGCUGGUGGAGGAAUAGGAUCUAGGUCUGCCUAUUCCAGCCAAUCUGCCCCACUGACUUCCUAUGCAUCCUCACGCAGAAGUUAUCCAACACACGCCCGAGUUACCUCCAGCUACUCCUCUGUGCUUUCUGCUCCAGUCUCUGCAGCUGCCACUGAGCUACGCCUUGACCAAGCAGCCCAGGUCAGCUCUGAGUUCAAAACAUUAAGGACCCAGGAGAAGGCUGAGCUGCAGGGCCUGAAUGACCGCUUUGCAAGCUUCAUUGAUCGGGUCCAUGAACUGGAACAACAGAACAAGCUGCUGGAGACUGAGCUUCUGCUGCUCAGGCAGAGGCAGACGGAGCCAUCCAACCUUCGGGCCCUGUAUGAGCACGAGUUCCGCCAGCUCCGUGCUGCUAUAGAAGAGGCUCGCCAUGAAAAGCAAGCAGCCCAAGAUCACAGGGAUGAGAUGGAGGAUGUGCUGAGGAACCUGCAAAAACGCUAUGAGGAUGAAGUGCUGGUAAGAGCGGAAGCCGAGGGCAGGUUCAUGGAUGCCAGGAAGGCAGCAGAUGAAGCUACUCUGGGCCGGGCUGAGCUUGAGAAAAGAGUUGCAACCCUGUUGGAUGAGCUGGCCUUCCUGAAGCGCCUCUGUGAGAGUGAGAUUGCAGAACUGCAGGCCCAAAUACAGUACAGCGCAGAGGUGUCAGUGGAGAUGGAGGUCGUCAAACCCGACCUGUCUGCUGCUCUCCGUGACAUCCGAGUCCAGUAUGAGAAUCUGGCACAACGCAACCUGCAGUCAGCUGAAGAAUGGUUCUGCAACAAGAUGAAUGUGAUGACAGCAGGCACUGCUCGCAACACUGACAUUGCAAGAAGUGCCAAAGAUGAGGCUGGAGAAUACCGCAGGCUCCUCAGUGCCAAGACACUGGAGAUUGAUGCCUGCCGUGAGAUGAACCAAGCUCUGGAAAACCAACUACAGGAAGUGGAGGAAAAACAGAGUGCUGAGAUCUCUGCACUGCAGGAUACAAUAAGUCAGCUGGAGGAAGAGUUGAGGGCAAACAAGAAUGACAUGGCUCGCUACUUGAAAGAUUAUCAGGAUCUCUUGAAUGUGAAGAUGGCCUUGGAUAUUGAAAUUGCAGCCUACAGGAAGCUCCUUGAAGGGGAAGAGAAUCGUUUAAAUGUGGCAAGUCUGGGAUCUGCCACCUACUCCCAAGCGAUGUAUGCUGCUCCACCUUAUGGAAGAACACAGAUCUCCAUGCAGAGCUCUGCAGCUCCGUACCUGCUGAGCUCCCGCUUGUAUACUUCAUCACUCGCCACAGAGGAGACAAUAUCUGCAAGCCAAGCACAGCAGGCAGAGGCCAGUCCUCCUCAGGAAGAGGAGGAAGAGCAGGUGGAAGAGGAAGAGAAGGAGGAGGAGAAGGAGGGAGAGGAGGAGGACCAGGGAGACGAGAAGGAGGGGGAGGCAGAGGAAGAACAGGGAGAAGAGGGGGAGAAAGUGGAGGAGGAGGUGGAAGAAAAGGAGGAGGAAAAACAAGAAGAUGAAGUGGAAGAAGCAGAUGGACAAGAGGAUGAUGCAAAAGAAGAUGAGGAGCAAGGAGGAGAGGAGAGCCAACCUCAAGAGGAGGAUGACGCUGAGCAGAAAGAGGAGGAGGGUGAUGACCAGGGUGAGAAGGGGGAGGAGGAAGAAGCUGAAAAAGAAGAGCAGGUGGAGGCUGAAGAGAAAAAAGGAAAAACAACUGAUAAAAAAGUUUAA